AUGAUCCGGCUCGUACAGUGGUUCCGGACAGUUACCAAAACAGCGUUCAGCAAAAAGUACCUUCUGCUUACGAAUGUAGCGAUUUCGGUCAGCCUAUCCGGUGUGGGUGAUAUAAUCGAGCAGCAGUAUGAAAUUUACAGCGGAGAGCUAGCCGCAUGGGACCGCCAGCGAACACGGUUCAUGUCCAUCUCCGGCAUGACGGUCGGUGUGUUCUGCCACAGCUGGUACAACUUCAUGGAUCGUCGCUUUCCCGGCCGCACGAUAGGGUUGGUGCUGAAGAAAGUGCUGAUCGAUCAAACGGUCGCUUCACCGAUCGUAAUCUGCCUGUUCUUCGCAACGUUAGCAGUGCUGAAACGUUCGUCCUGGGAGGAAACACGGCGCGAGGUGCGGGAAAAGUUUAUCCGACUGUACACGGCCGAAUGGAUCGUGUGGCCACCGGCACAAAUCGUCAAUUUUUACUUCCUACCGACGAAGUAUCGCGUGCUGUACGAUAACACCAUUUCGCUUGGGUAUGAUGUUUACACCAGCUAUGUGAUUAAUGACGAGGUCAGCGACCAAAACGACGUACAAACAAGCCACAAAAGAGACUAA